UUCUCCAUUCUAGGGUUCUUUCUUGGAGGCGACGUAGGUUUUCUAUUGCCCGCGUGGUCGAGGAGACGGCGCUGGGGGGCGGCCUUGAUCGGCGUUGUGGAGCUGCACAGGUAAUGGGGCUCAACACUCCGGGUUUUAGAAAUAGGAAGAGGCUCCAGCUUAAGGCUCCGACGAGCAGUGCCAAGGCGAGGAGCCCCAGCCAGCGUUGGUAAAUCGUGGACGACAGGGAGCUCUAGAUAUACGGUGACAACAAAGGCCCCUGCGGCAAAAUGUUCCAUCGGCAGUGGAUCGCCAAAAACUCCUGCAAAAGCUGAGGCUUCUAGGACAGCAAAAGUUGCCGAGGUGAGCAAUGAUAGUGGAGCAGACGAUUUAGAUGAUUCGGGAGUAGAAAGUGGAGCAAUCGAUGGUGGGGAAGAAGAGGUAAACAAGAUCAUGACUGGAGGAGGAAACGAUGCCGAGGUGGAAAGAACAACAGUGGUGGAGAGCUCCAUUGAGACUGUCAGGAAACAUGGCGAGGCUGUUUCUAGCGCCUUAGCUGGACUUUCAAUCAGAGGUAGUGCCUUGACCCACGGUAAUCCCGUUAAGAUGGAAGCUGGUUGUGGUUCCGUGAAAGCUGAAGCUUCGGUUUCAAUCGCAGCUGGAUGUGAUCCUAUGAAAGUAGAUGGCUUGGUGAAGAUGGAAGCUGGUUUUGAGUCUGCAAGAGUCGAAGCUCCGGUUGGCUCAGUGAAGAUGGAACCUGGUUAUGAUACUGUGAAAGUUGAAACUCCAUUCGGGGGUGGUAAAGCUGCCCAUUUGUGUGAAGCGAAGGUGGUUCCAAUAGAAAAUGACACGGCUAAAGCUGCAGAGAAGCAACCGGUUGUUUUAGAUGCACAGAGGUGGUGGCUUCUCCAAGAGACUGAAGUUGCCGGGUACUCGACGUCCAGGGGAUGCCUGAUUCGUGUUGGCGAGUUCGUGUCCUUCAAUUUUCCCAAGCCUGAAGCCGAAAGUAAGAAGAAGUUCUUUGAGCGCAAGAAGGUACGGCCGAAAGCGAGCUCCGACAUUGUAAGGUUCUUGACAAAAGCUUCAGGAGAGAUAGAACGGCUUCCAGCCGACUGGGCCAAGUGUUUGAUACCUUUGGGAAGUGCAAAAUGGCACCAGAGGCUCUUUCUCUUAUGAGCAGCAUAGUUCUCCAUUUGAGGUAGAGUUUUCUGUGUUUACCAGAGACGUUAUUGUGAAGUUAUUGAAUGCAAACUAUCUGAGCCUGAACGUGAUUUUUAUGAUGCCCUUUA